GUCUGGCAGAGAUCUCAACUUCCGGACGGGAUUGUGUUGGUUUUCGCAUAACGAUAAAUAAUUCACCUUCCUGGUUUCAAGUCUUCCUUGUAAGGAGGAAAUUGAAGUGUACCACCCAGAGCCGAAUACAAGGACUGUGAGUGGGUCAUCAGGCAUACUCCCUAUGUCAGGCAGAAACGGGUCUGCAAGUGAUGCAGACUGCCGGAUCUCUGAGGACUGCCGUGUCCCAGAUGCUGAGCUGAUGGAGCUGGGGCCGCUGCUGAAGGAGGGAGGGGGGCGACAGGCAGCGUCUAAAGGCUUGCAUUCAGAGGGAGCGGCAGUGCUUGCUGAUGAGGAAGAGGAGGAUGAGGAGGUGGGAGAGGUGCUGACUUUACCACUUCAAGCUCACCAUGCCAUGGAGAAGAUGGAGGAGUUUGUACACAAAGUUUGGGAGGGCCGCUGGAGGGUCAUUCCUUUUCAUGUCCUGCCAGAGUGGCUGAAGGAUAACGAUUACCUCCUGCAUGGACAUCGCCCUCCUAUGCCCUCAUUCAGGGCCUGUUUUGGAAGCAUCUUUAGAAUUCACACUGAGACAGGAAACAUCUGGACUCACCUGUUAGGGCUGAUUCUAUUCAUCUGCCUGGGCACGUUAACCAUGCUGCGGCCCAACAUGUACUUUAUGGCUCCUCUGCAAGAGAAAGUGGUGUUCGGGAUGUUCUUCCUGGGAGCUGUACUCUGCCUCAGCUUCUCCUGGCUUUUUCAUACCGUCUACUGCCACUCUGAGAAAGUGUCUCGCACCUUCUCCAAGCUUGACUACUCGGGCAUUGCCCUCCUGAUCAUGGGCUCCUUCGUGCCCUGGCUGUACUACUCCUUCUACUGCUCCCCUCAGCCUCGACUUAUCUACCUCACCAUUGUAUGUGUCCUCGGCAUUGCUGCCAUCAUAGUGGCUCAAUGGGACCGGUUCUCUACACCUCGUCACAGACCUACAAGAGCAGGUGUUUUCAUGGGACUUGGUCUGAGCGGCAUUGUUCCUACCAUGCACUUCACCAUUGAGGAAGGCUUUGUGAAGGCCACCACAGUCGGACAAAUGGGUUGGUUCUACCUGAUGGGGGCCAUGUAUAUCACUGGUGCUGGUCUAUAUGCAGCCAGGAUCCCUGAGCGGUAUUUUCCUGGCAAGUGUGACAUCUGGUUCCAUUCUCAUCAGAUUUUUCACGUGCUAGUCGUGGCAGCAGCGUUCAUCCACUUCUACGGGGUUUCCAAUCUGCAGGAGUUCCGCUAUGGCCUCGAGGGAGGAUGCACAGAUGACACUCUACUCUGAGAGGCCUGACUGUGACUUACUCAUACUUUUCUUUGUUACUCCCCCUUGUUACCUCCCCCACCCCCCACCCCCCACAUACACACACCGAAACACACCAAACACACACUUAAAAUGCUGCUAGAAUUAAAUAUAGUCACUUAUUGCUCCUUCUGUACUUCUGAUUUGAUAAUUUGGUGUUAUUUCUGUUUGGCUCUGUUUUGCUCCAAUAGAGUAGCACUAACUAGCCAUUGAACUAUGGAGGGAAAUCAACAACAAUCACUACUUGUUCAAUAAUUAUGAAACUUGAAGUCUGCAUUUCCAAGUUUGAUCAAAAUUAGGUUUAAACCAAUAUCACAGAUUCAGUCAACUGAUGGUCACUUAUGAGUAGCUAGCUCUUCUAGUUCCCCGACCUCUCCAUUGUGUGUUUCCAUUACAUAAAGGAUACAGAGAGUUUUAUCUGUGCUGUAGCAGAGGGCCAAUGCUGUAAACCAUUCCUUUCUUCCCCGCAGUAUCCAUGCAGGUUAGAGGAUGAAUGUACUAUUGUCCAGGAGUGAGAUGUAGAGGGAUCCAGGACUUUAUAGGUAGCUUGAGGGCCUGCACACAAAUUUGUACAAGAAAGACACAUGUAUACACAUAUAACCUGAAUAAAUGAUUGUUUGAUUGAAAUCUUAAAAAAAACACAGGGCAACCAGGCCCAUGACUGCUCUGCAAUAAAUAUGAAAUUGACUCUGAAGGCCAACCCUAAAAACCCAAUGGCACAUUAUCAUUAAAGAACACAGGAUUUUAAUACAAAAAUAUGAUCUAUAGAUUUAUCUAAGAAAACAAUUUGUGUUGAUCAUCAAAAAUCCCUCCCUAAACAAAGAGGUUGAAUACCUCAUGUAAAUCCCUGUAAACUUUUAUACUGUUUUUUUUGUUGUUCCUAUUUUGUUAAAUGAUUUGUUAAACUGAAAAAACUCUCAAACCUUGUCGAAGUGGCAGAGAAAACUGAAACUAUUUGGGUUAAACUAAGAUGCUUAAAAUGAUGAAUUAGAAAGAACUCUCUUUAGUGAUUUUUUUCAGUUAAACAACACAUUGAUUAUUCCUUUAGUAACAGUUCCUGGGCUAUGCACAAUGCACAGGUCUGGAUAGGUCAAAAUGUGCUUUCCUUUUGUGGAAAACUUUCUUUUGUGCUAGAUUUCAGAUGCAAUGAGAAGUGUAAAUUUCAGAUGCACCUUAGUGUAUACUAUAAAAUUCUAAACUUUAAAUCACCAUAUAGGGUUUCAAAGGUGUUAUGUAUGAUUGAUAUAAACUUUUAGUAUUCCUGUGCCUUAGGCCAACGGAAGUGUUUUUAAAUAAAACGGCCUAUCUUCACAGUCAAGGGAGCUUCAAGGAUUUCCAGAUCUUGACUUUUCUUGUUUUCCUUGCCAUAUAUACAAUCAAAUCAUUAUUGAACUUUCAACUCCAUUGAUAGGUUGUAUCAACUGCUGUUUAAGACUCCUUUUUCUAGAUCAACUUAUUCAAGCUUUAUUACAAAGACUAAAACAAUGUGUAUUCUUGACUUUGUGUAAUGUCCUGUGUGGAAAGUGAUAAAUCAUACAUUUCACUGAAAUGUAAACAUAAAUAUUUAUUAAUGGUAAUCUUGGAAAAUUAUUGUAAUAAAUUUUUUUCCACAUGUCAAAA